AGAUGGCGACGUGCAAGUGGCGGUGUCGGUGCGGUGUUUGAGAGAAAGGAUCAUGUUGUUGCUGCAGUGUUCGCAGUGUUUCCGUGAUCCGCGUUGAGUUCGGUGCAAAUGUAGGAAUGUCAGAGGCUAAACGGGUACCUUUACAGACCUUGGAGUUUCCGGAGUCCUUGGGCUACGCUGCGAAGAAGGAGAAAAAAGGGGAAAAGGGCAAACAGCUCGCGCCCUCCUUCCGCUUCACACUUACCCUGCCUGAGUCGAACGAGAAGGCAUGUCCUGAGUUCAACUAUGCACAGCUUCUCAAAGCAGCCGAGAAGAAACGUAGAAAAGAAUCAAAACGUGGAGAUGACAAUCCAAGCAAUGGGCUAUCGUUCGAUGACGAUGACGACGAUGAAAAAUAUCGUGAGAUGGCCAAACGGUUCGAAGCAAAAUAUGGAACGUCUACCGUCGGAAGAAAGAGACACAAAUAUGAUGAAUAUGUGGAUCUGGGUGCUGGAUACGAUGAAAAUGAUUCUUUCAUCGACAAUACCGAUGCGUAUGAUGAAAUCGUACCAGAAGAGAUGACUACGGCACACGGAGGUUUUUACAUCAAUUGUGGAGCUCUCGAAUUUAGAACAGCAGAUCGCCAUUCACUUGUCCACAACAAUAACAACAACAACAAUAAUCCUAGUAAUGACGAUGAAAGCAGCGAGAGCAGCGAAGAGGAUACGGAGGAUGUGGACAGUCCCAAAAGAUCUGAGAAACGAAAUAUUAGUUCGUCGGAUGAAGAUGAUACUGAAGACAUUACCGGUGAUCAACCAAGAAAAAAGCAAAAAGUGGAUGAAAGUGAAGAAAAGAAAUCCACCCACGAAAACAUAAUUAAAAAGAAAAAGAAACAAAAUUCGCAUGAUCAGCAAAAUUCUCAACAAGAUGGAGAGACUUUGAACAGACGGAAAGAAAAAGGAGAAACUACAGAUGCGGAAGUUUCAGAAGAUCAAGAAGAGAAGAAGAAAUCUGACAAAACCGAUACGCAAAAAAAUAAAAAUGCAACCGAUAAAAAGUUCGAUAUAAAAAAAUUCAAAAAGAAAUCAUCCAAUAGUAAUGGUCUUGAUGGAAAGAAGCUAGAAUUAAAAAAAUUAGGUGAUAAAGAUAGUAACAUUAAUGACGCGAUAGAAAGUGUAAUUAAUGCUGCAAGGGUCGAUGAUGAAUCUAGUAGAGACACGACCGAUUCUGGAAAGUCUCGAUGUAUAGGUACAGAAUCUGAAUGUGAUGAUGUUGAUAAAGACGAAGCACCAUUGCCUGAUUCCCUUCCAGAAAAUGUUGUAGAAAUAGUAAAUAAUCUAAAGGCGCGUGCCGAAAAUAGUAAAGAAGGGAAGAGUAAAUUUUUCAAUAACGCAGUAAAUACGUUAUUGUUUAGUUUAGAGAAAAGGUUGAGAAUGCUGUCUUCUCCGAGUCUAAGGUUAGAAACUUAUGGACAUUUAGCAAGAUUUUUACCAUGUAGUAAAAUGGCACUUCAAAAUAGAGCAAAGAAAUUGUAUGUGCAAGAUCUUGAUUACAAAAUCAAAAACCUUAUACAGAGGUUAAAAGAAGUAAUCAAUGAAAUAAUGCCACCUGCAAUGUACAAAUAUUUUGAUGAAUGUCAAAAAGUUGCAGAAGAAAAGGAAGUAGACGGGUCGCCCGAAAACGCUGAAAGUUCUGAUGAUGAAGAUAAUUGUGAGGAUUCAGAAAAGUCAAAAAUUCCUAAAAAGCGAUUUCCAUGGACCGAAGAAGCAAAGAAACUUGUUUAUGAAAUUGCAAAUGCAAAAAGGCAGUGUUACAUUGUUUUAAGACCAAGAAAACUAAGCAUGUAUACUUUCGUAGGAUCAUUUUUACUUCGACAAGUUCUACCGUUAUGGCCACGUGGAUAUAUGACAGCGCGUACCUUAUUCAAGUUUAUCGAUGAUACUGAACCUGCAACAGUAACGACCAAUACAAAGAAGAAAUCAAAGAAAUUAAAAGAAAUUGGUAAUGGUAGUGCUGUUAAUUCUGAGAAUACAAUACAUAAUUCUACUGCACGGACUGAAACAUCAGCUGUAACUAAUGCUUCGGUUCAAGAAAAAGAAAAACAUUUAGGAAAUGCAUUUAAAGGUCACAACGUUACGGAAAGUUCUACGAACUGUGUAAAACAAGGAACGACAAAAUCCAGUGAUAACGUAGAAAAAAGGCAACAUAGUUCAAAAAAUAAAGACAAAAAUAAAGAUAUUUGUAAUUUGGGACAGCAGCACGAAAAUUCGACGACAACAUCUAACAAUACUACCGUAGGAAAAAUAUCUGUCGUGCCUACGGCUCAGUUAAUGGCCCAAAAACCAGUUAAAAGUCACGUGGAGAAGAUUAAUUUGAUGGACUUAGGUAAUAGUUCCCUUUCUAUUACGCCGGUUAAUGAUUUUCAUAAAUCAUCUACAAAGAUGAAUGAAAAUAAAAAGGAUGUAGUUUCUAUUACCGCUUAUUCUGAAACUCCAAAUGUUCUUCCAAAUACAAAUGAAGUGCCUCAGAGUGGACAUCAUUCUGUACACAGACAGGAAGCUUCAUAUUUAUGUACACAAUCACAACAUUCAAACUACUCUACAUCUAAUCAAACAUCUACUCAUUCAAAACCUGUGUCUUUAAAACAUAGAUUACUACACGAAAAUCCAGAAGCUAAAACCGAUAAAAGAAUAGAAGAUAAAGACGUUGAAUUGGUUAAUAAGACUGAGAAAAAGGAUAAAAGGCGGGAACGAUGCGUGGAUGUUAAACACAAGUCGCACGACGUUAAAAAGAGGAAAAAGGAUCAAAAAAUAUCGGACAAACAUUUAAGUCAUAUUAAUUCAGAUAUAGUGCCUAUGCAGCAACAACAACCAGUGCUUACAAAAGAGGAACAAGAAAAAAGACAAAACGAGGAAACGAUUGCUGCUACUACUUAUUUGAGUCAAAUCAUCAAUGAUGAUGUAGCUCCGAGAGAGAAGCGAAAAGAUAUUAUUUCGGAUGAUCCGGUAGGUACCGUGGUGCCGCCAACUGCACAAGAAGAAGACGUUCAAAUGGUGAUGAGGUCUUUAAAAGAAUUACAAGAGUUGCAAGAGAUGAAGUAUUCACCAAAUCAUUCACCGGUUAGCACCAAUAUACAAAAAUCUAAUAAGUCAAAUACACAAUGUGCUACUUAUCAGGAUGACUAUUCACGCUUAUAUCUUAAAAAAGAUGGUAAACUAAAAUCUAAAGAUGAACCACAGUGGUAAUAUUGUCACAUAACGUGCACUAGUAACGUAAACAGUGUUGAAGAGAAUGAAGAACGCCAGUGAACAGAUAAUAAUUUCAUAGAGAACUAUAGGCGGAUUUUUCAGUAAAUCUACAUUAUUUUUUAUGAAAUCGCGUUUACGUAAAAUUGAUAAAAAAAAAAACUUCUUCCAUUAUGAAUCGCGUUGAUAUCGAUAACCAAAAUCGCACGCUACAGAGGAACAGCGUGCCGCGAUCUUAUUGAGUCGCAUCAAUUUUUAAAUAUUUUAACAAACCGCCAAAUUAUGUAAAUAUAUAUUAAUUCAUUCGUAAUAAUUUGAAAAAGCGCGUGUACAGACUAAGUAUAAAUUAUGGAGAAGUAUAUUAAUCGUAUAGAUAUUUGUAAAUAAGUUAGCGUCCAUUCGCCGUGAAUGGGGUGGUCUGUGAAACUUCAUUUUAUUUUUAAUUUCAUUACGUAGCGUUGAUUGACAAUUUUUAAUACGAGUCUAGGCAUAGUUGAAAGUUAUUCGUCUGCCGUGAGUCGUGUACUGAUGUUAUUUCGUUUUAUCAGGAAAUCGGAUUGCGGUGCGUUCCUUUUAAUUUUCUGCACUGCCAAGAUUUAGGGAGCGGUGGGUUACUGUCGUUAGUAAAUAUAUUUCACACAAUAUCCAGUAAUUGCUGGCCACCCUGAAUCAUCGAGCGAAAAAGAACGUUUCAAAUGGUGUUCCUUUUGCGCACGAACAGCAAUUAUGGUUUUGUGACGUAACGCAGAGAAACGUAUUUAUUUGUAUCUAUAUUUUUUGACGUGUAUUCGAAAUUGAAAUCUUUGCCUUCCAAAUUAUUUAUUCACAUCGGUCAUAUAAGCAAAUUAUCGAAUUUGUUUAUUGAAUGCAAAAUACGAGUAGUUUUAUGAUUUGAAAAUAAAUUGCACAUGUAUAUUUAUGCUGUUUGUAAACGCAAGAAGAAAUAUAACUUGAAAUGUGUUUAAUAAGUUCCAGAAUACGCUAAACGUUUUUAGGAAGUUCAUUAAAAAAAAACGAAAAAAUGAAUGCUUAGUUUUGUUUACAAACUACAAAACUGUAUACAUAAUUGGUAUGCGACUUAAUUAUACGAUCGAUUUUAAUAAUCAGAAUGCGAGGAACGAAUGUGCGUGAAAGUAUUGUUUAGAAAGAGCUACAAUAUUUUUGAAACACAAAGGUGACGAUUAGUGAUGUAUUAUAUACUAUAAACUUUCUUUUCCCCUCCCAUCUUACCCUUAUGAUACUUAGAAUACGAUUAAGCGUCUUGUACAAUUCUGCACCGAGAAUUUCCACGAAGACGACUUAAAAUAUAAGUUUUGAAUAUUUUUUACAACAUC